AUGGAACCACCACCACAAGCAGACACUACACCAUUACCAAAUGGUUUAGAUUCAAUUAAUUUGAAUACACCAUAUGUAGAAAUAGAACAACCACAGCAGCAACAACAAAUUAACACUACCACCACCACCACCACCACACCAACCACCAUGUCAAUGAUUUCAUAUGGAGAAAUUGAGUUUGCAGAUUUCAAGGAUUCAGCUGUGUUGGAUGGAACUUUGAAGUUACAAUUGCAAGUUCCUCCACCAGAAACCGAGAGAAAACUCUUGUUGAUUGUGAUGGUCGAUAAGUCAGGUUCGAUGCGUCACGUCUGGAAUCAGGUGCAAACCGCUCUCCAAUAUCUCUUUACCAACACACUCAACCAACCGAAUGAAGUUAUCCUCGAGCUUGUCUUUUUCAAUAACACCGCUUUCCGUUUGCCAUGGACUGUCGACAACUACCGUGAGUUACUCAUGAAUGAGCGUGCCAGUGGAAAGACAUGUUUCGCCGCACUCUUUAGUUUGGUGGGCGACAUUCUCCGUCAGUACUUCCGCAAGGGAACAGCAUUCAAGUCCGACCUCUACUACGAUCCAAAGACCGAUGUCUCAUUGGUGUUACUCACCGACGGUUCUCACACCACCGUUCGUGAUCAUCGUGCUGCAUUCUCUGAGCUCCAACAGCUCAUCAAAACCAUUGGAUGCGCCACUAUCACCACUCACACCAUGGGAUUCACUGAGAACUCUCGGUACUCUGAUCUCGAUGGUAUUCGUCGUAUCUUGGGAUCGCGUCCAGGAAUCUAUCAGUAUGCAGAGCCAUCGGACGGUCCACAUGCAUUGCACGACAAGUUGAACUUUAUCUUCAAGUGGGUGUUCACAACUGGUGACACUUUCGAGUCUAAUCUCUGCUUUGACGUCGGUGAUAACAUUCAAUUCAUGGAGAGUGGAUCGUCCACCCUCCCAAUGAAGUUGAUCUUUGACGUCGAUGGUCUAUGUGAUGUCAAUGUUUCUGUUACACGUCGCGCCGACUCCAUUAUGAAGCCAGUCAACUUUACUUUGCAGCUUGAAAACAAGCGAUUCUCAACUGUUUUGACACCGAGCUUGGUUGCGCAAACUCAAGAUGCAAUGGUUAUUCGUAAUCUCUCUCGUUAUCACGUGGAACUCAAUAAGCUUUACACCAGAGUGAACUCUCACGACCAAAAGAAUGUGCCGUCCGACGAGAACAAGAAGCAGUACAUCAAGGAGUUGUUGGAUUUACAAAAGUUGUUAAAUGACAUUGACAAUGCUUUGAUCUUUACAUUCUCACGUGUCCCACGUCAAACCAUCACCGAAAUGAAGACAAACUGUUUGAAUCAGAUCUCACAACUCUUGGAGUUGGUCAAUGGAUGGAUCAAGACUGAGUGGACCGCCAAGACUUCUGCACGUAUGGCAAACAUCACCUAUCAAUUUAUGUUUAAGAAUGCCGGUCGUCAGCGUCGUGCCACCAUGAAAAUCACCAGAAACGCCAACACAAUGAUGCGUGAAGCCGACAACUUGAAGCAAGUCGAUGUCGACAUCGACGAAGUGUUGGAAGGCGUAGACAAGGAUCUCUUGGAGGCAAGUCAAUCGUUGUUCAGUUGUACAUUAUCGCUCUGCAAUUGGGCAGAGCUCGUUGAGGAGCACGAUUGUCUCGGAUUUGGAUUGUCAAUUCAACGUCCAGAGACCGUGAUUGACGAUCCCACCCAGAUCCGUAUCAACGACUACUCAACUACCUUCCUGGGUAAAUCAACACUUGAAGAUGCAAUUGCUCUUUCUGUACAUUCCGUCGGUCAGGAAAAGACCACCGGUGGUUUCGAAGUUGGUCGCGAUAAGAUUGCCGCUGCCGUAAGAGGACGUGGACGUGAACCGAUCAACGCUUGGAUGCCACUCUACUUGCACGAUGCCCAUUGGCAAAACAUCAAAUUCCAACUUCGUAACAUCAUUGCCUACUAUACCACUUUGGAUCCAAUGGCAUUCUCUUACGACCAGAUCAACACUAUCUUUUUGUUAUUGGGUACCAUGGUUUCAAAGGAUAUUGGUGAACGUCAACUCCAAUUGAUCAUUCAAUUCAUUAGAACCUGUCGUGAGAUUACCCAUCACUUCAAAUUCCAAGAGAACAUCAAGAAGCAACUCAUUUCACUCUUAACCAAACCUGUAUAUAAUGUUUCUGAACAACCAAAGAAUAUCUUUGUAGUAAUUGGUUAUCUUAUGAUUUUUACUGAUAAUGAAAUUAAGGAAUUGUUAGGAAAUGAUAUUGAUUGGAUCAGAUUAUGGGAAUCAUUGGUUGAAUCAGCUGUUAGAAGAUCAUCUUUUACCUUCUUAAGGGAGAAGGAACAAUCUGAAAUUGAUGGAGUUGUUAAUGAUAUCUUAUAUGGUGAAGAAUUGACUUGUGAUACUGAUAGCAAAUUAAAGACUGAAGAAGAUUGGAUAAAUAAUAUCUUUGAACAAGUAACAAAUUAUGAAUCAAAGGAAGUUAAUAUUAGACAUGAUUCAGAUGAUAUCGAUAAGUAUUUGAAUAUCAGAAGAUUACAACCAACUCCAAAUAGUAAAAACGAUUUCAAGAUAUUCGAAAAUAGAUCAUACAAUUUGAUUGCCAAGUAUUCGAAUUUGUUGGAGAAUCGUGGAUAUCCAACUGUCACUGCUAUGAAGUCAUGUCUCCAAUUCGUCUACAACUGGCGAAAUAUUGUCAAUGGUAGAUACAAGCCAGAGUUACCAAGCGAUUUCGAUGCUUUCAAAUUGAUUGAUUCUCAAUUUGGUGUUGCUCCAACCGAAUGGAUUGACUAUAUCAAGUCGGGAAUGACAAACAACAGCACCAAUUCACUUGGAAACUACUUGGCAGCAGUCCACACCUACUACACUCCAACUGCUGCUGCUUCUUUAGACAAAUCCAUUAUACUCUACAAGUUAAAGUCAAUGAUUUGCCAAGGUGUAAUGUAUCGUGUCAAUAGAGUGGCAAAUGCAGCAGUAGAGCGUGGUGUCUUCACAGAUACUUGUGCCAAUCCAUUGGAAUGUUUAUCAGAGAUGAAGCGUCAAGUUGACGAUCGUCAAGCCAUCUUACUAAAGAAGAUGGAACAAGCACUCUACUUCUCACAGAGAAUCAGCUCCGGUCUAAAGUCAACUGAUUUGGAUUUGUUUUCCUCUACCAUUCCAAAGCACGGUGAACCAGGCUUUCCUAUUUUUAUUCAGCAAUGGCAAAAGCGUAAUCUCGAGAUUGAAGUUCCUUUUGCCGAACAAAAGGUUCUAAUGAUUCUAUCCAAUGUAAGAAUUCUCAUUCUCGACAAUGGUGAAGCAGUCGCCUUCCAGGUCAAGAAAGUUGUUUGGAACAUUGGAAAAAAGGCAUUCAACAGGUUCUCAGCUGCAUGGGGUCGUGACAGGUUCCUCCAAAUGUCAUUCAAUGCAGAUCACCAAAGAUAUCUCUUGGAUAAACAGAAUGCAAAUCCCGAAGACCUAUUUUAA